CACUCUAGAAUUUGCAGACUUCUCUCCAUUCUCUCUCUCUCUCUCUCUCUCUAUCUCUAAAGCAACCUCUGCGUCCGUUUCUUUGUCUCUCUCUCUUCACACUAUCUAAAGCCAUUGCAUGCUCGGCUCUCUCUCUCUUCUCUCUAUACACAUAUACAUCUCUCUUGGACCAAAAACAAGCCACAAAGAAUAGAGCCCUCCAUGGCCGUUGAAGCAGGGCAUCUCAACCUCUUCCCUCCACAACUGAUCACAAAUAGAAAUCUUCUGAACAGCAACGCUGGAAACGCCGGCACGUACAAUACCCAGAUGGGUUUUGGGAUGCCAUUCACAGGAACAUUGCACGAGUCUCUGUUACCGUUCCCUCAGUCUCUGGUUUGCGACUCUGUUCCGGUGAAAACUUCAGUGAAGGCUGAAAGUGGGGUCACCUACAAUGUCCCUGUUGCCCCCAGAAAGCGUUCUAGGGAUUCAUUCAAUCAGAUUAGCAAUUUUACAGUCCCUCAAGAAAACAACAACAACAACAACAACUUGUAUGAGUUGUCUUCUUUACUAGGCCGAGACAUUCCGUUACAGAUCCAUCAACAGCAAUUGGAGAUUGACCAUAUAGUCGCAGAACAUACAAAUAAAAUAAUAGUGGAAUUGGAAGAGAAGCAAAAGCAGCAUGCAAGAUUGUUGGUGUCGGCAAUUGGAGACGGAGUAAUGAAGAAGAUGAAGGAAAAGGACGAGCAGAUUCAGAGAAUGGGAAAACUGAAUUGGGUUCUUCAAGAAAGAGUGAAAAGUCUGUACGUUGAGAACCAAUUAUGGAGAGACUUGGCUCAGACAAACGAGGCCGCCGCCAACUCUUUGCGUUCCCAUUUAGAGCAAGUCCUGGCGCACGUUAGCGACGACCGCCCUUCCAUCGUUGGUUGUGGAGGAGGAGCGGCGGCAGAGGAGGAUGCGGAGUCGUGCUGUGGCAGCAAUGAUUAUGGAAGAGAUGGGGAGGAAGUGGAGGUGGUGGGGAGGCGCAUGUUAGCAGUCGAGGGAGGAGACAAGGUGGCGGUGGGCGGCAGCAGUAGCUGUGGUGGUGGAAAGCGGUUGUGCAAAAAGUGUGGGGAGAGAGAAUCUUGUGUGUUGGUGUUGCCAUGUAGGCAUCUGUGCUUAUGCACUCCUUGUGGGUCCAAGUACCACCACACAUGCCCUGUAUGUAACUCUUACAUGAAUGCUAGUGUCAAUGUUAAUUUGUCUUGAGAAAAACAUAGAAGAGGGGGCAAAAAAAUUGAUGUAAACAUCUUGAAAUAGAAACAUGCUGGUUAGUGUAAAUUCUUUUAAUUUUUAGUCAAUGGAUUGUUUAUUUAUUUAUUUAUUUUU